UGGCUGGUUGCUGCCGCAGCUGCGCGACCUCAUCCUCUGUGUCAUCGCUGCCGCCAUGCCUGGAGGUCUGCUUCUCGGGGACGAGGCUCCCAACUUCGAGGCCAAUACCACCAUCGGCCGCAUCCGUUUCCACGACUAUCUCGGCGAUUCGUGGGGCGUUCUCUUCUCCCACCCUCGGGACUUUACCCCAGUGUGCACCACAGAGCUUGGCAGAGCUGCAAAACUGGCACCAGAAUUUGCCAAGAGAAAUGUUAAAAUGAUUGCCCUUUCAAUAGACAGUGUUGAAGACCAUCUUGCCUGGAGCAAGGAUAUCAACGCAUACAACUGUGAAGAGCCCACAGAAAAGUUACCUUUUCCCAUCAUUGAUGAUAAGAAUCGAGACCUUGCCAUCCUCUUGGGCAUGCUGGACCCAGCAGAGAAGGACGAAAAGGGCAUGCCUGUGACAGCUCGUGUGGUGUUUAUUUUUGGUCCUGAUAAGAAGUUGAAGUUGUCUAUCCUCUAUCCAGCUACCACUGGAAGGAAUUUUGAUGAGAUUCUCAGAGUAGUCAUCUCUCUCCAGCUGACAGCAGAAAAGAGGGUUGCCACCCCGGUUGAUUGGAAGGACGGAGACAGUGUGAUGGUCCUUCCAACCAUCCCUGAAGAAGAAGCCAAAAAACUGUUCCCUAAAGGAGUGUUCACCAAAGAGCUCCCAUCUGGCAAGAAAUACCUCCGCUACACUCCCCAGCCUUGAGUCUCUCCAGGAAGUUGGAGUUGGAGCUGCUCACUUAGCAAGUGAGCCAGAAGUGCCAGCUGCCAAUCAUGUUUUCCUGCAGCAAUCCCAUAAAAACAUCCUGAUGUGAUCACAGCCAAGGUCGUUAGGUUAUUCUGCUAUUGACUUAUUAAAUGAAAAUGGCACUAAAAAUUUCUUGGGAUUCUUGACUCUGUGCCUUCACCAGCAUUCUGUUCCAUUCGUGCAUCUCUGUACUCUGCUGGCUCUCUUUGAUAUAUAUUGGGAUUCAGAUCUUGUUGGAUCUCUGCAGCGUUUGUGAUCAACUAGUUAGUAUCACCAAUUCAUGAUUGAAAAGCCUGCUUUACUCCAUAAUAGAAUGACUAUCAAGUUUUCAGCUGUCUUAAUCAUAUCCUCUUCUGUUACCCAUUUUGAUGAGCAGCAGGACUUGAGUUUCAACUUCCUGUGUAAAUAUCUAAGUAUAUAACCCAAGAACUUAGAGUAACCUUGAUAUUCAUUAUUAAAUGUUUU